AUGAAUAAAAUUCUAAAAAAUAUAUUGUGGAUACUCUUUUUAAAACAUAUAAAAAAUGUUGAUAGUUAUCACACAACUAGAAUUCAAUUAUUUGAUCUGAUUGGAUUUAAAAUGAAUAAGAAAUAUUGUAAAUAUAAAUAUAUUUCAAUAAAAAAUAACAAAUUUUACUUAAAGAAUAAUAUAGCAAUAGAAGUUAAUGAAAAGGAAAGUUUAAAUAGUUAUGAUGAACUAACAAAAUAUAAGGAUGAAAAGACAUUGAAAAAAGAAAAAAUAAAAAAAAAAAAAAAAAGGAGAAAGAUUAAUGAUGCUCUAAAAUGUAUAACUUGUAAAAAAAUAUUAAAACCAAAGGUGAAAUUUUGUAUUUAUUGUGGUACAAAUGUAUCUGUAGAAAAAAUAAAAUUAAAAAAGUAUAUAGAAGAAAUAUAUUUACCAUUAAGAAAAGAAGAAGUAAGUGAAAAUACAUUUCGAGUUGAGAAAGGUUUUUGGAAAGACAUAUUAAUAAAAUUAGGGAAAUAUGAAUUGGACGAAUUAGGGCCUAAUAAUUGGGAGGGUUUCUUAAAAUAUUUAAAAGCAAAGAACUGCUCACCAAGAACCUUGGCCCUUUAUCAGUCUACCUAUCAACAAUCUUUGAAAUAUGCUUUAUAUCGUGAUUAUUUAAAAAACAUACAUAAUUUUCGUAAAAUAAAAAAAAGCACUAUACCUAGAAGAAAGAUUACACCCUUAUCACCCAAAGAAAUAGAAUUAUUAUUAAAGAACAGUAGUGAUAUGCAUAGAGCGAUCUUUGGAUUAAGCAUAGGCAUUGGUUUACGCCCUUCUGAAGUUUUAAGAGUUGCAUGGGAAGAUAUAAAUUUUGAAAAAAAAGAAAUUUUUAUAAAAGGACAAAAAACCAAAUAUAGCAAUACGUCUAUUCCUUUAACUAAUUUUGCUUAUAACGAAAUAACUAAAUGGUGGGAAAUAGAAAAUAAACCUAAAAAAGGCUUAUGCUUUUAUUCUGAAACAAUAAAAAAUAAAUUUAAUUACACAAAAACAAAAACUGCAUUAAAGACAUUCAAAACUGCACUAAAAGGAGCAGCUAAAAGAGCAGGAUUGGAAAUUAGUGAAGACGGAAAAAAAAGAAGGAUUUUUCCUUAUCUAUUAAGGCACUCUUUUGCAACUAUAGCUGCUACUUCAAACCCACCAGUCCCUUUACCAGUUGCUCAAGCUAUUAUGAGGCACUCUUCAUCGAAAAUGUUAUUAGAUACAUAUACAAAAGCUGGUAAUAAUAUAAUUAGAGAUGGUUUAGAUAACUUUAAAAUAUAA